CUUUCUAUAAUUUGCUUACUUCUUUCUCUGUUGGCAGUCGUGCACAGUCAUGUUCUUUUGGGCGUCCUUUGAGCUCCCUAGCUCAGUCGCCUCUCCUUAAGCCAUCACCGUUGGUAACAGUACUAUUAAUCUUCCAUGCCGUCUCGCGCUCAUACACGUCCUAUCACAAGCACCUAGUGUGCUUCCAACUCCGAAAUGGCCUACGUCUUGUCUCUCCGACCCCAUAGUCCGCUCAAGCGCUCCUUCAGCGACAAUCCUUACCUCCGACCAUGUUCUCCUUUGAAGGAGUCCUUUUUGGGACCUCUCUGCGACAUCACAUCACGCAACGCGUCUGCUUGUUCACUCUACUCUCUUGGGUCAAAUCGAGCAGGAGACUGGUCUCGCGGAGACGAAAACACGCCUCCACUGACUUCUCAAUCUCUACUCGAUCUUGUACCAGACAACAAUGUAUGUGUCCUAGAUACAAGACACGUCGACAAUGGCUCACGCAAACGGACGUGUGACGCCAGUAGGCCACCUCCAACGCUUUCGCGAGGAGUAACUGCACCGUCAAACCCGUACUCGAGGAAAACCAGAGAAGAAGAGCAGGUUGCCAACCCUUUUGCACGCAACGGGGGCUCAGCAGAAGCUGUCGAUACCCCUGACCACGACGACCUCGGAGAAUCGGAUCUGUUCAAUCUCUUGGAAGCUAUCCAUGUUCCUCUUCCAGAAGGCCGUUUUUCCGACAACACCGGGAGCGACCCCCGUCAGGUACCAAAUCCAGAUCCUCCCACAGCCCAAAUCAAUUCACAGCCAUUCCGGCGGUGGAUGACUACACUGCGACGUCGACAUGUUCAACGGCAAAAAGAACAUGCCCCGGAGCCUUCUCGACUAUCCUUUGACAUUGUGGACGGAGAUGCAGCUGUGUUUCCACCACUGUCCAUGUUACACCCCUCUACAAGGAGAACAUCGGAGUCUAUGUCAUCUUCCAUCGACUGUGUGACUGCCAUGAAAUCUGCCUCGAUGACCAUUGCAACCACGAGCAUCGCCCCACGCUCGGACGCUGGUAUUCCCAGUAGAGGUCGACUUGGGAAUAGGAGCAGCAACUUCUCUGAGGUUCGACGGUCGUUGGACAGUCAUCGCGGCGCGUUGGGACCUGUCAUCGAUGAAAGCGCAUGGCUUCGCUCACUGCAGCGUCGUAAAGUUGUGGAAGAGCUGAUUGCGUCGGAAGAAAGCUACAUUGCUGACCUCAAGGUCUUGAUUAACGACUACUUCAUGAUCCUCACUGCUCUACCUUCAUUAUCAGGCCAAACGAAGUCAUCCAUACAGCAAAACAUAUCACAGAUUCUACAGCUCCACGAAGAUCUUCUUGUUGACCUGCACCAAACGGUACCUCAAGCGGAUUUCACCCAGAGCGCACAACAAGAGACAUAUCCUGUAACGAAAGCUAAGCAUAUUCGUUUUCAUAGCGCAGACGUUAUACCCGGACGCUUCGCGGAACACAAAACAACUCGACGACUCAGACACUCCUUGGAGAUUGGUCGAUCGCCAGACCGGCGACCUCGAGGUCUGGUCACCGAUACCAAGACGGUAGGAGAUAUCGCGAGAAUCUUCAACAAACAUAUGAAACGUUUCUUCAUAUACGAAGAAUACGGCGCGCAUUGGACGACGAUGUCCCAAGAUCUCACCACGAUGUGCAAGGGACUCCAUGGCUGGCAAGAAUACGAACGAGGUGUUGAGGCGUUGCAGAAAGUUAUCGCAUCUGAGAAUAAUCGCGAAUCCGGCAGCAAAAAGGCUCUGAGCUUCCCUGAUCUGCUAAUCAAGCCCAUUCAGAGAGUGUGCAAAUAUCCUCUACUGUUCGAUGAUCUAUGUCGACACACUCCCGUUUAUGACGAUCCGGAGGCGCAUGCGGAGUUGGAAAAGGCUCUCUUCCGAUUCCAGGAAACGAUUCGAGAGGUUAAUAAGGCCAAAGAUGAUCCGAAAACUCGCCGACUGAUCGAGAUUACAUGGCAGCUCCAAGAUCGGCUUGUAUUUCAGGAACAGACACUAUCGCGAGCUCUAGUCUUCCGCCUUCUUGGUCAUGUCCUCCUGUGUGGUGUCCUUCAUGUUGCCUAUCAAACCCCUGACCGCGUCAAAGGACAGUAUAUGGUUUGCGUUCUUUACAAGUCAUGCCUUGUGCUUGCAACAGCGAGUCGCUUCUGCACUCCUUACACCGUUGUUGCUUCCAUCAGUCUCGCCAACGGAAGUGUAGAGGAGGCGGACAACAGUCGAGGAAUACAAUGCCAUGCUGCUCCACACACCUGGAAACUCGUAUUCGAGCAUGGCCAUCGCUUACACGAGAUCGUCCUGAGCGCAUGCUCCCUAUCGGAAGAGAAAGUGUGGAAGAAGCAAAUACGCGAACGCAUUGUUUGUGAAACUCAUGACUUGGCUGAGGGACAGUCCACCAUGCAGGACAUGUUCACAUCCUUAUCUCUGGAUAUCAAGUCUCUCGGAGCAGUGUUCGGACAUGCCAACAGUGUUGUGCGGCGCAUGUCUGUACAUCGAGCGGCGACUCUGGGUGCAAAGACGAACACGUCCCAGGUCAUCAUCAAGAACACACAGGCACAAACAUCGCCAGAAUCACCUCCAAGCUUCUCACCGAGCGUGGUUACUCGAUCAUUGUCGCACAUGUCUUCGAACCACGUCCCCACACUGGCGCCGAGGAGAACUGAGCGUAUGCGUCUUGAGACAGCCCUAGAGGAUGUUUGGACAAAGGAUAUCCUGCCUUUUCCUGGAAUGUCGAAUCGAAGGGUUGAAACUCAGAUCCGUGCAUCAGCAAAUUCAGUUAUGCGGAAGCUCAGUAUGGCGAGUAUUGCCAGCAACUUCUCCCGUCGUUCACCUAGCUUCUCAAGUGUGAGCAACACACGCUCAGAAGAUUCUUUCGGUAGUAGAGCACAUAAGAUGUCACAAGGUAGCAUUCGCGCACGCUCAGCUACAGACCGUCCUCUAGCGCCGGCACUUGUCGACUUUCACAACGCGCCAGCUGCAUUCCUGCCCACGGAUUUUGAGCUGGAGGAUACCAGACCCUCAAGUCGACGCCGACGUCUGGCCAACCGAACCACGAGUACAGAACGUUCAACGGAGAAGCGCACUCCAGUAAAACCCAAGCGCGUGCGACGCCUAUCAACACACAUCAUCAAUCUUCCACGAACAGAUUCAACCGCUCGUAUUGCAGCGAGGAACACCUCCCAUGGGUCUAAUGCAACAACCCUGCGCAGUCCAGAUCCACCGACCAAUUUUGGACUGUGCCAUGAGAAUGAGAAGCAGAGUAGACGAGAAGUUCGAGAAAACAGUUCGAGGGAAGGAGCCUCAAAUAUGCAGCCUUCGAAAAAAUUCCUGAAAAGCAAGAGCAGGAUCUUCAAAUUUUGGAUGUGAUGGACGAGCCAUUGGUGUUGGUUUGAGUUGGAUAUGAAAUGGACGAGGUUUGGUGGUUUGGUGGUUUUGGGGUCUUUUGGAUCACGACGACGCCCAAAUGUCCUAAAAGCGGAAGAGAGCACCAUGAUGGAUGAUUACGAAGUCACGACACACGAUACGCCUCAUUCUUGGGAGUAGCAAAACGUAUUGGAAGUAUGAGUGUGUAAACAACACGACGAUAUUCGACGAAAACCGAGACGAAGCGAUGGAGACCGGUAAAAGCGGAACUCGCGGCUGUUCUGGGUGUUGCUGCAAGGCACACCCGCAGGCCACGUUGGCCUUUGCAACUGGGGAUGUGGGGAUAGCACAACGAUGACGUCAUUGGAUCAAUCGGGGCACGCGACCUCGCGCAGUCGUUAUAUUUGGAUAGUGAUAGAUGAAUCACAAUCACAGUGCC